CUUCUUUGUUAACACACACCACUACAAAUCUCUCCCUUAGCUCAUUUUUAAUCCCAGAGUUAGUUAGAAAGAGAAAGAAACUUAAUAAGUUAAAAAUGGAGAAUAUGGGAGCUAGAGUGAUAGAGCCAUUGAUAAUGGGAAGAGUAGUAGGAGAUGUUCUUGAUUUCUUCACUCCAACAAUUAAAAUGAAUGUGAGCUACAACAAGAAGCAAGUCUCCAACGGCCAUGAACUUUUGCCUUCCUCUGUCUCCUCCAAGCCUAGGGUUGAGAUCCAUGGUGGUGAUCUCAGAUCCUUCUUCACCUUGGUGAUGAUAGACCCUGAUGUUCCAGGUCCUAGUGACCCCUUUCAAAAAGAGCACCUGCAUUGGUACGAUCGUUCUUUGUUUGCCGUUUCAUUUUGGGCCAAUAUUGAAUAUGCACUUCAUUAGAAAUAUUUUUAACCCUAAUGAUGUUUAAUAUUGUGAUUUGUCUCUCACCUGAUUUUAUAAAAACUUGAGUUGAUUUGGUCAAAGUCUCUUCCAUCAAAACACGAGGAUUUCCCUAAACGUUUUAGUAGCAAGACGAAGAAAUUAAUUCUUGUAGA